UGGUUGUGAACUUGUUAGCAAAGGCAGUCGAACAGGCAUAGUUAAUAGCAAGCUGUUAAAAAAAAAGCUGUAAAAUGCCCAUUUCUCCGCUUUUACCAGCUGGUGACGUUUUAAUGUUUGCACUUGUUGCAUUUACAGUUAACGUUAAAGCAAAAACACUGAUGAAAGUCCAUUUGAAUGUCAGCAAUGUUUUAUCGGCUAGGCCAAUACUCCCGCCAGGGAGCACACAGAGAAGCGGAGUUUAACUGCUGCACAACGAAUUCACCUCUUAAAUGGAACAAAUAGCGACGUGGAAGGGUUUUCCAUAGUAAGGGACUCAUUUAUCUACAUAAAUAUGUUUAUUUGUCUGUUACAUUAAGGCGACGUGUGAAUUGUGUAAUGCGUCGUUUAAUAUUGUGGAUUAAUCGACAGUGUUUUCCAAAGUUCCAUAUUGCCAUGCACCUUAGCUACAUAGGCCGACUGAUGCAGGGGAUUUCCUGCAUUUUUUUUCGCAGCCGCCAAAUUAUUUUAUCGGUGAAUGACUGCUGUGUGCCUGGGCGAAUAUAAGAACGAGCAGAGAGAGAGAGCCCCGCCCGGUCGCGCGCGCGCACUCUCACCGUCUUCAAACAACGUGAGCGCUGUCUUGCUCUCUCUCCCUCGCGCAUAUUAAUCGAAAUCAAUUGACACACAAUAGUAAAAGGUUAGGCCUUAACAGAGAUUAAUGCUAUCUUUCAAAUAGUGUACUGAUCAAAUUGAAGGCUACUAUAAGAACAGUUGGUAAAAUCAGCCACAUUAAUACAUGCUUCACCAAACUAUAUGAUUUGCAAUUGUAACAGUUUGUCAUUCCCGAUCCCCUGUAAUCAUAGCUAAAAACUAAAAUGCUUUUUUUUUUAUUUUCUAUUUUUUUAUAGAAAUAAUGGAGUGUUCAGAAAGAACUAAAAGGAGGAAAAUAUCAGCGAAAGCGGAGGAACAUUUGCGUCUCCUUGAAAAGGAGUCUAUGAUUGAUGAUUUGUUGACACAUAAUUCUGAAAAGGAAUACCCACUGGAUGAUUUGUUAGAGCACUUCUUAAAAUCCUAAGGAGAAAGGGCCUUGAUAUCCCAAUGGAUGGCAGAACUCUUAUGUCCACUGACAGAUCUUGCAAUGUGGCGAAUAUGGCUGGGUGGUCCUACUACCACUUUGGAAUCGAAAAUGCUCUCAUAGCUGAACUAACAGCUAUGUACAGUGUACAUUUCAGGGUACCAUUACCCGAUGCUUUUAUUUGUGAUGCACCUGCUCGUGCCUUUCUUAAAUGCUCCAAAGGCCAUACAGGCUAUUAUGGGUGUGAGAGGUGCACUCAAAAAGGCCAGUACAUUAAUGGGAAGGUGGCUUAUCCUGAAAUAUCAGCAGAGCUCAGGACAGAUGAGCAAUUUGGUAGGCAAGGCUAUCAACAGCACCAACUGUCAGCCUCCCCCCUAAAUGAUCUGGGUAUAGGAUUAGUUACCAGUUUUGUGUUAGAUUAUAUGCACCUUGUGGGCUUGGGGGCAAUGCGUAAGUUAAUAUUUCUUUGGUUGAAGGGGCCGCUGAAAUGCAGGCAAUCUAUGAAGUUUUUUGUUGUAAUGUCAGCAUAUAUGGUUUCUAUCAGGCAAUAUUUACCUAGCAAUUUUGCAAGGAAACCACGAUCCUUGUUUGAAUUCAGCACAUGGAAAGCUACAGAGCUUCGGCAAUUUUUACUUUACACUGGCCCUGUUGUUCUCCUCAAUAAUAUACCCAGUAGAAUGUACAGAAACUUUUUACUUCUAUCGGUAUCUAUGAGAAUUCUUCUGAGUCCUGCCUUAUGUUCUCCUGACAAUUGUGACUAUGCUGAGGACAUUUUGAAACUCUUUGUAACAGAUUUUGCUGCAAUUUAUGGCACUGAAUUUGUCAGCUAUAACAUGCAUUCAUUGAUCCACCUAGCUCAAGAUGCACGAAAAUUCGGCCCGUUAGAUAGUGUUUCAGCUUUUCCCUUUGAGACAUUUUUAGGUAAACUGAAAAAACUUGUCCGUCGGCCUCAAAACCCUGUCCAACAACUCGUCAGGCGGAUCCAUGAGAAGCAGAAAGUGGCAAGCCAAAAGACCACAUCAGUUUUCAGCCCACUUAAACAGCUCCACUUUUCUGGACCAUUGAUUAAAUCAAUUGCAACAUGGGAACAAUACAGGCGUUACAAUGAUGGACAGACACUGAUCUCCUCCUCUCGUGGCGAUGACUGUUUUUCUGUAGGGGGAAGGAUUCUUAUUGUGCGGAACAUUUUGUCACAUUCUGGAACUGUUAAAGUCCUGUGUAAUUUCUUUGAAACUGCCAAAUCCCUUUCCCUGGAUACGUGGCAUUGCCACUCCUGCACUAGUGUGCUAUUUUUUUUAUUGUUUGUUUUAAUUUUUUGUAUGUAUUUGUUUUUCUUUAAGCAUGCUACCUUUCGCGAUAGUUGAAUUUAUAAAUAGUGGAGGAUUGGCAGUUAUACCGACCAAAUGGUUUAUCGGGCCUGAGGAGGAUGAAUGCUACUGGCCACCAGCAAGGACGAACAUGGCUAAGGCAGUCAUAGAGCAACAGGACCCUCACACUGACUGGGCGACAUACAAGUUGACUGUCAAGAGAAAAGUCGCAACGUAUGAAAGUGCCCGCACAAAAUUAGUCGAGUAUGAACAGAACACAGAUGUACCAACCGAGUCCGAUUCUACAGAGAAUACGGGAAGGGGAAAGCGCAAAAAGAGGCGAGUGAUUUUGUCCAGUGAGGAUGAGGAUGAUGACAAUUGGUCCGGCAGUCAAAUCAGGCCUACACCUCCAUCCACCCUCAGUGCAUCCACCCUCAGAUCUGUGCUGACACCUGCACCGCCUCCAUCCACCCUCAGAUCUGUGCUGACACCUGCACCGCCUCCAUCCACCCUCAGGUCUGUGCAGACACCUGCACCGCCUCCAUCCACCCUCAGAUCUGUGCUGACACCUGCACCGCCUCCAUCCACCCUCAGAUCUGUGCUGACACCUGCACCGCCUCCAUCCACCCUCAGGUCUGUGCUGACACCUGCACCGCCUCCAUCCACCCUCAGAUCUGUGCUGACACCUGCACCGCCUCCAUCCACCCUCAGAUCUGUGCUGACACCUGCACCGCCUCCAUCCACCCUCAGGUCUGUGCAGACACCUGCACCGCCUCCAUCCACCCUCAGAUCUGUGCAGACACCUGCACCGCCUCCAUCCACCCUCAGGUCUGUGCUGACACCUGCACCGCCUCCAUCCACCCUCAGGUCUGUGCAGACACCUGCACCGCCUCCAUCCACCCUCAGAUCUGUGCAGACACCUGCACCGCCUCCAUCCACCCUCAGAUCUGUGCUGACACCUGCACCGCCUCCAUCCACCCUCAGGUCUGUGCAGACACCUGCACCGCCUCCAUCCACCCUCAGGUCUGUGCUGACACCUGCACCGCCUCCAUCCACCCUCAGAUCUGUGCAGACACCUGCACCGCCUCCAUCCACCCUCAGGUCUGUGCUGACACCUGCACCGCCUCCAUCCACCCUCAGGUCUGUGCUGACACCUGCACCGCCUCCAUCCACCCUCAGGUCUGUGCAGACACCUGCACCGCCUCCAUCCACCCUCAGAUCUGUGCUGACACCUGCACCGCCUCCAUCCACCCUCAGAUCUGUGCUGACACCUGCACCGCCUCCAUCCACCCUCAGAUCUGUGCUGACACCUGCACCGCCUCCAUCCACCCUCAGAUCUGUGCUGACACCUGCACCGCCUCCAUCCACCCUCAGAUCUGUGCUGACACCUGCACCGCCUCCAUCCACCCUCAGGUCUGUGCAAACACCUGCACCGCCUCCAUCCACCCUCAGGUCUUCACCUCCAUCUGCUAGGCCGACACUUCCACCACCUCUGGGUAACCUUAGAUGGCCCGAUGGAACGGAACACAGAAGUCGCGGUUCGGUUUAUACCUCGGUUCAGACAUCGAGGAUCGGCUGUACCACCAAAGUAAAAUAA